AGGAAGAACCACCCCAUGCACCCGAUGCUCGUGCUGCUGGGCCUCGCUGCCCUCCUGGGUGCCUCCCAGGGCCGCACAAGUUGCUAUGGCAGUGUAAACAGAAUUCGAACCCCUGGGGCUUCGUGCAGAACUGCAAAGCCAGAGGGUUUACACUACUGCGGAGUUAGUGCUUCAGAAAAGAUCGCUGAACGGGACCUAAAAGCUAUGAAUCAAUAUAAAACACUCAUUAAGAAAGUUGGCGAAAAACUGUGCAUCGAACCAGCCCUGAUCGCUGGCAUCAUCUCCCGGGAAUCUCAUGCCGGCAAAGUACUGAAGAAUGGCUGGGGUGACAAUGGAAAUGGAUUUGGUUUAAUGCAGGUUGACAAAAACUCACAUAGGCCUGUGGGACAUUGGAACAGUGAAACCCAUCUUAUCCAGGGCACAAACAUACUUAUCUCAAUGAUAAAGACAAUACAGAGGAAGUUCCCACGCUGGACAAAGGACCAACAGCUGAAAGGUGGCAUUUCUGCUUACAACGCUGGUGCUAAGAACGUCCAAAGCUAUGACAGAAUGGACAUCGGCACCACCCACGAUGACUACUCCAACGACGUGGUUGCACGAGCCCAGUAUUACAUGAAACACGGAUACUAG